UACCUAAAAAAAAAUAAGAGAUGACAAAUCGGGCCUGCCAGGAGUCCAACCCUACUAGAAACGUCUGUUUCAGCGAUAAUCCAUCAACCAGAUCAGCAAACAAGCGUCCAAUACUUCGAGGAUGCUUUGUUAACAAUAAACAAGAACCACGACCUGCUUGUUUCGAAAAUCAACCUCGGAAGCGACUAUCAAAACGAUCCAGAUUACAUUUGCAAAGGUUUAUCCACUGGGCUGAGCCUUAUCAUGGAUUUUUCAUGGUCCGGCAACGAGUAUGCCCAAGAAAUCGUCGCCAACAUGAGUAUCCCUUAUAUCCACGUCGACGUGUCCAUCGGACCUUAUUUGGUUCUCUUGGACUCGUAUCUGGAUGCGAGGAAUUCCACCGAUAUUUUAAUUAUUUUUGAUAAGGAGGAAUAUAUUGAUCAAGCCUUGUAUCAUUGGUUAGAGUCGAGCAGAUUGAGAAUGGUAAUGGCUGAGCCUCUUAAGGCUGCAACAGCCACCAGGAUUAAGAAUAUUAGACCUAUACCUACUAGUUUUGCUAUUAUGGCCAGUACUGCUAAUAUGAAUAAGUUAGUUGAGCAGGCUAUCAGUAAUGAUCUCCUCACCCUCUCCGACCGCUGGAACUUCAUUUUCACCGACUUUCAAUCAUCAAACUUCAACAGAGACCUCCUGGAAAACAAAACCUCCUCGAUCCUCUAUUUCCAUGACGAACUGUGCAAGGAUUUGCUCCAAAAAGAGUCGUGCCCUCAAAACUUUAAUAUGCAAGAGCAGUUUUUGUAUUGGCUGGCCUUUAACAUUCAGAGGGUGGCAAAGAGUAUGAUCCAGAGUAACGAGCAGUUCCCUCUGGAUCGUUUCGUGUGUAAAGACACCGUUUAUCCAGAUAGUACCAGACAGAAGUUUGAUGAACUAUUGGAGCUGAUGAUGGGGGAGAAUGCCAAGAUUUUUAGUUGUCUCGGAAACACUAUUAGGGUGAACGUUAGAGGAAAUAUCGAGAAGAUGGAUAAUGGAAGUUUUGAGGUUAUAGCCCAGUAUAAAAAUGGAGAUCUCCAACUGCAACCAGGAAAAAAGAUUCAGCCUAUUAAAGCGUUUUAUAGAAUAGGAAUUACUCAUGCUUUACCGUGGUCCUUUAAAGAGAAACAUCCAGAAACUGGGGAGGAAUAUUGGACCGGGUAUUGCGCGGACUUUGCCAGCAAAAUUGCGGAAACUAUGAAUUUCGAUUUUGAGUUUGUGGAACCUAAAGAGGGCACCUUCGGGGAGAAAGUUAACGGGACCUGGAACGGGGUGGUUGGGGAUUUGGCCAUAGGGGAUACUGACUUGGCUGUAACAGCCAUAAUAAUGACCGCCGACAAAGAGGAGGUCAUUGAUUUCGUAGCUCCUUACUUUGAGCAAACUGGAAUAACUAUAGUUAUGAGGAAGCCUGUAAGGAAAACUUCCCUCUUUAAGUUUAUGACAGUGCUUAAAUUGGAGGUUUGGUUAAGUAUUGUGGCUGCCCUAAUAGUGACUGGUUUUAUGGUCUGGUUUCUGGAUAAAUACUCUCCCUAUAGUGCUAGGAAUAAUAAGAAGGCUUAUCCAUACCCUUGCAGGGAGUUUACCCUUAAAGAAAGCUUCUGGUUCGCCUUAACAUCUUUUACUCCUCAAGGGGGAGGCGAGGCCCCAAAGGCCCUAUCGGGACGAACCUUGGUAGCCGCCUAUUGGCUCUUUGUCGUAUUAAUGUUGGCCACUUUUACUGCUAACUUAGCAGCCUUUUUGACUGUGGAAAGAAUGCAGGCUCCAGUGCAGUCUCUGGAACAAUUAGCCAGACAAUCGAGAAUCAAUUAUACGGUGGUCCAGGACUCUGAUACUCACCAAUAUUUUAUUAAUAUGAAAUUUGCCGAAGAUACUUUGUAUAGAAUGUGGAAGGAAUUAACGUUAAACGCCUCCACGGAUGACACAAGAUACCGGGUCUGGGAUUAUCCAAUCAGGGAGCAAUAUGGGCACAUUUUGUUGGCCAUCAACGACUCGAUUCCCGUGCAAAACGCUUCUGAAGGGUUCAGAAUCACCAACGAAAGAUUGGAUGCCGAUUUUGCCUUUAUCCACGAUUCAAGUGAAAUUAAGUAUGAAAUCAGUAAGAAUUGUAACCUCACCGAGGUCGGUGAGGUGUUUGCGGAAAAACCUUAUGCGGUGGCUGUGCAACAGGGCAGCCAUUUGCAGGACGACUUGAGCAAAGUGAUUUUAGAUCUUCAAAAAGAGCGCUUUUUUGAAUAUUUGCAAGCCAAGUACUGGAAUAAUUCUGCAAGGGGUGACUGUCCCAGUACUGACGAUAACGAGGGUAUUACCCUCGAGAGCUUAGGUGGUGUAUUUAUUGCGACCCUGUUCGGGUUGGCAUUGGCAAUGGUCACUUUGGCAGGUGAGGUGUUGUAUUACAGGCGAAAGGGCUUAAAAGAAAAGCAAAAAACCGUAUUGGAAAAGUCGAAGAAUUUGCCGGAAAAUAUGAUUCGAUCGUUCAAACCCCCGAAGAAGGUCUCCCCACCCACCCUGGAUAAGUUUAACAUUGGAAAAACGAUUACUAUCGGGUCCAGUUUUAAACCUGUAAGGCCCAAUGAGAAUUUGACAAAGGAGAUGGAAAGUGUCAAUAUAUCGCAUAUUUCUUUAUAUCCUAAAGCGAGGAAUCGUAUUUCCAGGGUGGAAUAAGGAGAGUAGAUUAGGUUUUAGUGAAAGCAAAUUAAUAAAUAAAGGUAAUAAAGUAAAAAGAGGAUGGAACUUUAUUAGUGAUGACGAUAUUCCAAGUAGUUUUUUAGUUACAGCACUUUGAACUGAG